AUGAAGUGUCAAAAGGGAAACAAGGUGCCAAUGAUCAAGGACACAUUGCGAAAACUAUACAUGCGCACGCACCCUGAUCUGUUUGGACGGUAUCCGGAGCAACAGCGUGCAAACGAGGAGUCGUACAAGGAGCUGCUGGGCAUCUUGGACGCCAUUGAGAAACAUAAUGUGUUCCCUCCAGCCAAGACGUUGGUACUGCCGUUUUUUCUGAAGACACCAGUAGAAGGUGAGUUCAAGGAGGUGGAUCUGCAGCUGCGCACGACUGGCGGCGCUUGCAACACGUUGGUGGAAGAGGCUUUGGGUCGGUUUUUCGACGAGUGUGGUCUUCCACAAGCAUUCCAAUGGGGCGAAGGAAGUUGGGGCAAAAGUGUGGGUAACGACGCAGAAGAAAACCCGAAUCUGGGCUUCGACAAAGACGAAGAUGAGUUGGCCACAACAAGCGAGGAACAGCUUUUUCAGUCCGAACCGGCCUUUAAUCCUGAUGACAGCGGCACAACGAUGGAGGAUGCAUCGAUUGAGAAUGUGCUGAGUGAGCUGAAUGAUGUGUUUGAGAUCAUUGCUGCUGUGCCGUUGAUGGAUGAGGAGGAGUAUGGUGAGUUGCGGGAGCACUUUGAAAAGGGUCAGGGGCUAGACGAGAUUGAUGAACGCGGCUACACGAUCAAGGCAGGUACGCACAAGAUUUGGAAGGGCGAACGCAAACUUAAGAACGUGACUGACGGCGUGGACACGGACUCAGCUCUCAUUUUGCAGCGGAUCUUGCUGCACACGCUUAACAUUGAGAGAAAAGUGCGCGAGAUGCUCGCAAAUGGUGGUACCGACCCCGACGAUGUAGAUGAACCAGAAGCGAGCAACAUUACCAGCUAA